AUGUACGACACCGCAUGCUUUUGCUCGACGCUACGAAAAGCAAUGUCAUCUGCUGUGUGGGGUGCAUGCGUUAAGACAGGCCGAGCGGCGCUUGUUCGGGAAAGAUUUUUCGUUCGAUUCGGCCUUGAGCAGUGUCCCAAGACCAGAACAGGUGGGCUCCUAAGGCGCCUGCAUGUACAGUGGCGUACGGUUAUCAUGAGAGGGGUGUGCGCGCACGGCCUCUGUCGGAGUCUUUGGCGAAAGUGCGAGUUGGAUAUUUGGAACGGAAAUUCGCAGGGAAGGUUGAGUCAUCGGAUUUCAAGUAAAUCUCAAUUAGGUAAGACGUGA